UUCCUCUUUUAGGCUUUUAGUCCUUUUGUCGAUUUGACUCUUUACCUUUGGGAUGGAUGGUUUUUGGUUUUGAUUAAAAUGUCUACUACUACUACCCAUCAUCAUCUCUCCUCCAGUGACCAAAUAUCAACGGCAACAGCAACAAGUACGGGCACUAAGAAUAGAACAACAGUCACUACCAAAGGUACUUCGAUGCCGACGACGACGACUGCUACUAGUAGGGUGCUUCCAUUGCCAAUAUCAUCCAACGGUACCAACAAGCCAGUGGGGGAUUCUGACCCAACUAAACCCUAUCCUUCACCGGCCGCUCAAUAUGAUGAAGUGGUUCAGAAUGCUGAGAUGUUCAUGCAAACACUUCAGGAUCUUCACAGAUUUAUGGGCACCAAGUUUAUGGUGCCGACUAUGGGGGGAAAGGCUUUGGAUCUACACCGCCUUUUUGUGGAGGUAACAUCUCGUGGUGGUCUUGAAAAGGUUAUUAGGGAUCGGAAAUGGAGGGAUGUGAUUGCUGUAUUCGGUUUCCCAGCAACAAUUACAAAUGCUUCAUUUGUCUUGCGGAAGUACUAUAUUUCCUUGCUUCAUCACUACGAGCAAGUGUAUUACUUCCACCGACAUUGUCCAUCGACCUCAAUGGCUGUUUCUGUGGCCAAGAACCCUGCCUGUUUGCCAGCAAACUUAGAGGUUCAAGCUAAUGUCCCACCUCAUGAAAAUGGAAUCACCGUAAAUCAAUCAGCAGGAAGUCCUCGACUGAACGUUGGCUGUCAAGUUUCUGGAAUAAUUGAUGGAAAAUUUGAUAAUGGAUAUCUAGUGACUGUUAGUUUUGGUUCUGAUAAGCUGAGAGGAGUUCUCUAUCAUGUUCCUGAUGAGUUACAGGUGCCGGGGAAUUCUAAUACUCCAACGGUAAGUGGUCGCCAGAACCGCAAAAGAUCCCAGAUCGCAUUGAAGGAUCCUUCUCGCCCUAAGACAAACAGGAGUGGUUACAAUUUCUUUUUUGCUGAGCAGUAUGCCAGACUGAAACCAUCACAUCAGGGGGAAGAGAAAGUCAUCAGUAAGAAGAUUGGGCACCUAUGGAGCAAACUCACUGAGGAUGAAAAACAGAGUGUUAAUGUGAUAUGGAGUUUCACACAAGAAGGGCGUGCUGAGGUGCCUUCAAUGACUAGCGCAGGAAAUAUUCAAAAAAGUUUAUCAGGAGAAAGGACAGAAGGACAAGGAGAGAUACCAGAGUGAAAUGUUGGAGUACAGAAAAUUAUCCAGAGCUUCAACCCUUCAAUAGGUUAUAGAAAUUAAUGAUCAUAGGGAAAGACAAGAGAGAGGAGAGACACCAUGAAUUGGAUUUUUGUCCCGAUUCCUGACUCAUUCAAUUUUAUUCUUUUUCUUUUUUUUUGGUUAGAUUUUCCUUUCACUUUGGCUUCUAAUGUACAGAAAAAUGAAAUUAGUUUUAUUUAAUCCUGUUUGUACUUAA